UGCGACUGUUUUAUUUUUAUUUUAAUAACAAAAAGAGCUGACCCAGAAAUAUGAGCGAAACAGUUGCAGAAAUUGCAACAACAGCAGAAAAUGAUGAAAAAGCAAACGACUCCAUGGAAAAGCUGCAAUUUGACGAUGAAGACGAAAAGAACGUGUCAGCUGAAGAUAUUUUGGGUGGGAAAGCGUUGGUAAUGUCGGACAGCGAAGAUGAUGAGACGCCUGCGCCAGCAGGUAAACAAAUAUCCCCCAAGAACAGGGCCCAACGUCUGCAGGACAGCGAUGAAGAGCCAGAUGAGCGGGAGAAAGAUGAAGCCCCAAAGCCCAAGAAAAAAAUAUCAGCGAUUAUUGAUUCCGACAGUGAACAGGAGGAGCAAGUUGUGGCGGAGAAGGAUUCUAAGGCAGCAGGAAAAAUUGAAGAGGAGAAAAGCAGUGAUGAUGAAGAACAAGAAAACAAUGUGAUUCCUAAGCCCAAGAAAAAGGUAUCAGCAGUUAUUGACUCUGACAGUGAACAGGAGGAGCAAGUUGAGGCGGAGAAGGAUUCUAGGGCAGCAGCAAAAACUGAAGGAAAGGAAAACAGCGAUGAAGAAGAACAAGAAAACAAUGUGAUUCCGAAGUUGAAGAAAAAGAUAUGUGCAAUUAUUGACACAGACAGCGAAGAGGAGGAGCAGGAGCAACAAGUAGAACCACAGGAGAAGGAGGAACGCACAAAACAAAAGAAAAAGAGCAAGAAACUGGAUAGGAAAAAGAAACAGCGAUUGGAUAGCGAUGAUGAGGAAAGUAGCCAGUCGAGCGAGGAAGAAGCAAGUGAUAAAGAAACACAAAAUAAACUUAAAGGGAUUGUGGAUUCCGAAUCCGAGUCGGAGCAUUGUAAAACAGACGAACCGAUGAACCUACAGGAGACAACCGAGAUCUCUUCAGAAAAGCCACACAAAUCCAAACCCAUGCGAGCCUCAGCCAAGAAGGCGCUAGAUGAUAUGCAGGCUAUACAAAGCGAGCAGCAGCGGCUGCAUCGUGAGGCACACAUCAGCGUACCAUACCAUCAGCCGAAGCCACGCACGCUCAAGGAGUUCCUGAGCCGGCGUACCAUAAACAAGCCUCUGGCAGUAGCUCUGGCCGGUGGAAGUCCCAUGCCCAACAAAAAAGAGCCAAGGAGAUCAAUGGGUCUGCGCAUGACCAGCGAGGAGUUGCAGGCAUAUGCCAAGCUAAUGGAGGAACGCGCCCAGGAGGCCACCGAGUUCUUCAAAUCUGAAUCAGAGCAUGAAGACGACGAUGAAGAGGAAGAACCAAUUGCAACAAAAGACAAUUCAGAUGCGCAGGAUAUUGAAACAGAUGGCAGAGAACAAACAAGCCAUCCAGAAAUCGAUGACCAUUUAGUACAACCAGAAGCUGAGCCAGCCGCUUCCGUAAAUGUUGAGAGUGCUCCAGCAGCCACUGAAGCCGAAGAAAUUAUCAUGGCAGAGGCUCAACCUAUGACAGAAGCGAUUUCACCCACUAAAACGAGGCUGGUAACUGAGAUCGUGGAAUUGCCCAAACUGGAUUUGAGCACACUGAACAUUACGCCACCUUCUAAGCCGUCUACGCCACGCUUAAGCGAAGCUAUACGACGCCUGAGGGACGAGAAGGGCAGCGAUGUAAGUCCUUCGCUGAAGGGAGAUGCCAACAUGAUCAUUGACCUGGAAACAGGCGACAUGUUCGCCAAGAAGCCAACCGGUGUCGAUGACUUGCUGCAACGUCUAAUAAAAACGCGAGAGGCCAAAAAGCACAAGACUACGGAAACUGUCAACAUCUUGUCCACUGCACAUGGCAAACUGGAGCUGUCGAAGGUGAGCAUACAUCUCCACGAGGAGGAGCCUGUCAAUAAGGAGCAGAAACCGGGCGCAGCCUACCAGAAAAUGCAGGAGCAUCUAAAAACGUUGAUUACCAAAAAGCGAAUGGAUGAAUUACGCAAAAAGCAGGCUGAAGAAAUGGAAGAUGCAAAUGAUGAUGCUGAUGAAAACGACAUUAUGGAUGUAGAUGAAGAUGAGGAAUAUGAACCAGAUGAAAAACCAUGCAAAAGCCAACUGAUUAUUAAUGAUGAUGAGGAAAUUGUUGAGGAGCAGCUUGAAGAAGAUGCAGACGAUGAUGAAGAAGCAGAUGCGGAACCUGAAGCUGCUGGUGUCGAAGCCGAUCCCGAACUGGAAGCAGAGUCGGAAACAGAGGUGGCAUCGGAGCCAGUAGAUCCAGAAGCAACAAGCAGCAGUAGCGACAGCGAACAAGAAGAGCAAACACAGACGGGCAAGCGCAAGAAUCGUAUUAUACGUGCAUUCCAGGACGACAACUCCGACGAGGAUGACGUCGAUUUGUUGCAGACACCCAAACCAAGCAAUGCGGCGCCGAUGACAGCCGCCCAGCUACAGUUAUCCGCCCACAAGCUGUUCGAUACAGAAAUUGAACGCACGGCCAGCGACGAAGAGAAUGAACUGCUAGGCUUGUGUUCAGGGAGAUUUACCCAGUCCGACAUGUCAUCGGCAGCACCAACGGUUGGAGCACUUAUUAGUCAAAUACCUAUAACACAAGCAACGCCAAACGAUCAAGCACCCGAUGAAUUGGAAUCGCUAUGUUCUGGCGCAUUUGAAACGCAACCGACCUCGCUGCCUGCGCCGGAGACCAAUCAAAUCUUGUCCAGCGAUGAGGAGCCAGCAGAACAUUCAGAGGCUGAGAAACCGCGAACGAAAAAGAUGACUAAGAGGCGUCAAAAGAAGAAGGCCAAAUUGGGUUUCUCCGACGACGAGGAAAGCGAUGAAGAUCCAGCUGAUAAUAUGGACGAGGAGCAGCCGGAAAGCGACUUAGAAGAGCCGGCAGAUGUGCCAGAAACAUUCGUCGACUAUGACUCCGAGGAGAAUGAAAUAGUUGUCGAGAUGACGAAAAAGGAUCGCAAAUUGCGUGCGGCGAACUUUGUGGAAAAAGAAGCUGAACUAUCUGAAUCAGAAUGGGGUUCAGCUGAUGAGGAUGAGAAGAACAUGGACAGAUAUGACAUUGAGCUGGGUGACGAAGAUCAGUUCGACCGCGAGAAGUUGCGUAACGAACUGGGACAGAUUCAUGCCCGCAAAAUGCUUGACCAGGACAUACGCGAGGUGCGCAAGAUUCAGGAGAUGCUCUUUGAGGAUGAAGAAGGUGCUGUACGACAGCGUCAGUUCCGAUGGAAAAAUGCCGAAAACGGUUUGGGCUUCAGCCUAGAUGAUCCACGCAAGGAGAACGGUGACGGUGAAGCCAACGAGGGCAGCGGCGAUGAGGAGAACGAGCAUUUGUGGCGCAAGAUUCGCUACGAGCGCGAGCAGUUGCUGCUCGAGAAGGGACUGAAGGGGGAAGCAACAGGAAGCGGUUUGCCCCUGUCACCAGCUGUGGUUAACAGCACUGUGCGCAAACUGACCAUUAUUACGGCUAAGAAAACAACGGUUGAAGCGAAGAAGAGUUCACCAUUUUUAAUUUCAAAAAGCGUGAACGGCGCACAGCAACAACAGCAGCAGCGGGCGGUGCGUGGCUCGUUCCUGGUACGGGACAAGGAGACACUCAGUAAACUGGCGGGUCUGACCAAAGGCGCAGCUGGUGAUGUGGACGGAUCAGCGGGCACUGUUUCCGUAAAGACGGCCAAAGCUAAGAACUUUGUGUUUGCCACGCUAACCGAGGAGGAGCAUGAGAAUCAAAAACGCAAGGCGGCAGAUUUACUAAACAGCAGCAAUGAGACGGGCAUUAAUUUUAUGAAAAAGCCGCGCCUGGAGCCGCGGCGUGAAAAGUGCCUUAUUGAUCAGCUGCUCUAGUGUAAACAAUUAAGUUUUAUUUAGCUUAAAUUAAAUAUAAUAAAGUUUAAAGUAAAUAUACAGAUUUUUAAAUAUAAA